AUGCCUGGUUUGGGCGCGAUGGGAGAGACUAGUCUGACUCCCUCCCAAAUCCAAUUGGGGUGGUCUGCCCCUUCUUCACGUACUCAUACUCCUGCACCUGCGGCUGUGCCGCCUCAUGUAUAUUCUCCCAUGUCUUUUGAUCAAAUGUUGGAUUGUGAACUUCUUGAUAUGGUUGCACAAAAUAUGAUUGUAUUAAAAAAGGAAUUUUUGCAACUACAAGGAGCCUAUGAGGCACAAGGGGAUCAAUUAGCUCUAUUAAGGGCUGAAUUAGAAGAACAUUGCAAGCAAUUGCGUAAUCAACAUAUAUUUUAUUCCAACCAAAUCCAAGGAGCAGCUGCUUCCAUACAAGUGGUGCAAGACCAGCUAAUUCAUCUUUCCCCUUCUUGUUCCACAGCUCCUCCACCUCCACCUGCUGGCACCAGCACAUCCACCUCCACCAAUCCCCCACCUGCUCCUACAUCUUCUAAUUCAGAUCUAAAGUUUGCCAAGCCCAACAAGUUUGGUGGAAAAAAGGAAGACACCCUCAACUUUAUUAUUGCCUGUCAGGCGUAUAUAAGGGCAAAGGGAGCUAAUAGAUCCCAUGAAGAGAAAAUACUGUGGGUCAUGUCUUAUUUUGAAGGUGCAGCAGAAGACUGGGUACAUCCCUAUAAGGAAAGGAAGGUGUUCAGAGGAGAAGCAGUCCCAUUAUUGGAAAACAUUGAUGUAUUCUGGGCCAAAUUUACUAAACAUUAUGUGGACACAAAUUGUGAUGAGAAGUACCGCCAGAAAUGGAAUAACUUGCGGCAAAAGGCCUCAGUUCAAGAGUACACUCGAGAAUUCCAACAAUACUCAGUGUCCUUGGGCUACAGUGACAAAACCUUACGUGACAAGUAUUACAGUGGCCUUAAAAAUGACAUCAAGGACAUCAUGCUCUCCACCAUGUUCCAAUGGCGUUGCACCACAGCUCAACAAGUUUACAACAAGGCAGAGGAGAUUGCAAACCACAUUGAAUCUACUUGCUUAUCCAAUUCCUCCAUCUCCACUGCUUGUACUACAUCUACUGCUGUCCCCACUUCCAUCUCUAACCCCACUUCCACUUGUACUUGUCUUAACGUUGGAGAUAAUGUUUAUAUGAUUGAUCCUACCACUCGCCGCGCCAAGAAAGGCGCUAUCACUUCAAUUGUUUGCACUACCUCUGGCAAUAUGCCAAAUGUCAGGUGGAAUGGAGAAUCUAAAGAUACAAUGAUCCCAUUCUCCUCCCUUAAAAAAGAUGAACAACCUGCCGCUGCUGCCCCAGUCAAACCCGUUAUUGCUCCCACUCCCGUCCUGGCCUCAAAUUCUAAAGGCCCAGGCCCUAUGGAUCUUGAUGGAAGGGGUUUUGCAAAUCUCACUUGUCAUGUAUGCAGGGGCAAAGGUCAUUUUGCACGCAAUUGUCCCUCCAAGCCCAUGUCUGGACAUGUGGCUAACAUUGACUGGUCCUGGGAAAGACCUAAAGAAGAAAGUUGUAUUGAAGUAGUUUCUGAUGAGGAAGAGUUGGGAAAAGGAAAAGCCAAGGCCAACUAA